UAUGCCGCUAUGGCCUCAUUUUUUACAAGGCACAACAAUAAAUAGUAUUCAAUAUUUCAUCAUUUAUUAGUCACUGUUGUCCUUGUGAGUUGUCAUCCUGCAUGCAAGGAACUCACUGCUUGAGUGAUUGUUAUAAAAGCAAUCUCUUCAGUGGAGGAAUUAACAUCAUCAAGAAGCCCCUCCUUUACAAUUCUCUACUGCUUUCUAGCUCGGGCCUUGCUUAGCCAUGGAUUCAAAAGAUGAGUCUAGCUUGAAAGAUGCUGAGUACCAAGUUGCGAAGGUUCGAAGAAAAGGAGGAUAUAGAGCAGCUUAUUUUGUCUUUGGUAGUAAUGAUGUUGCUAGAUAACGUAGGGUUUGUGGCAAACAUGGUUAGUUUGGUUUUGUAUUUUGGGUCAGUCAUGUAUUUCAACAUCCCUGGCUCUGCAACAACCACAACAAACUUGUUGGGCACUGCUUUCUUGAUCCCCAUCCUUGGAGGAUUCAUCUCUGAUACCUUUCUUAAUCGCCUCAACACUUGCAUCCUCUUCGGCUUUAUUGAGUUGUUGGGAUACGUUUUACUUGUGAUUCAAUCCCAUGACACAAAACUUCAGCCAUCACCAUGUGGGGAAAAGGGUUGUGUACAUGGCAGAAAAGCUGUGCUCUUCUACGCUUCAAUAUACUUGUUUGCAGUUGGUGCUGGUGGAAUAAGAGGGUGUGUACCUGCCCUCGGAGCUGAUCAAUUUGAUAACAAUGAUCCAAAAGAACGCAAGAAACUAGCAAGCUUCUUCAAUUGGUUCUUGUUCUUCAUCACAAUAGGUGCUAGCAUUGGAGUCACGGCUGUGGUUUAUGUGAGCACUGAAAUUGACUGGUACAAAGGUUUCAUCAUAUCAUUGGCGUGUUCUGCCGGAGGCCUUUUCGUCAUUGCCGUGGGAAAGCCUUUCUAUCGUACCCGAGUGUCCGGAGAUAGCCCAUUGUUGAGUGUUCUACAGGUUCUGUUCGUCACAGUAAAGAAUUUAGGGACUAAACUACCUCAAAAUUCUGAUCAAUUGCAUGAAAUACAAAGUGAUGAGUCCAAUUUGAUGAAAAAACUGAUCCCUCAUACUGAUCAAUUCGGGAUUCUAGACAAAGCAGCGGUUCUACGAGAAGGCAAAGAACCAAAGAAAUGGGAAGUUUGCACUGUGACACAAGUGGAAGAAACAAAGAUCCUCAUAAGAAUGAUGCCUAUUCUUUUUAGUACCAUAAUCAUGAACACAUGUUUGGCACAACUUCAAACCUUCUCAAUCCAACAAGGAGUUAGAAUGAAUCCACACAUCGGCCGAUACACCAUCCCGCCUGCUUCAAUCCCCGUAAUCCCUCUAGUAUUCAUGACUGCCUUAAUUCCGGUUUACGAAUUCGCUUUUGUGCCACUUGUUCGCAAGAUAACAGGCCACCCCAACGGAAUUACAGAACUGCAACGCGUUGGGGUCGGCCUUGUCCUAUCCGCGAUCUCAAUGGCCAUAGCUGGCAUCAUAGAAGUUAAAAGAAAGGAUGAGUUCAAAAACCACAACCAUGUUAUAAGCCUCUUCUGGCUCUCCUUCCAUUAUGCAAUUUUCGGCGUAGCCGAUAUGUUCACAUUGGUAGGAUUGUUGGAGUUUUUCUACAGGGAAGCACCCGAAGGAAUGCGCUCGCUCUCUACUUCAUUCUCGUUUCUUUCGCUGUCCAUUGGUUACUUCUUGAGCACGGUAUUUGUAGAAAUCAUAAACUCGGUUACAAGGAGGGUCACAAAGAGCAAGAUAGGGUGGUUAGAAGGGGAUGACUUUAACCAAAUCCAUGUUGAAUUGUUCUAUUGGUUCUUAGCCGUAUUAAGCAUGAUUAACUUUGGCGUAUACCUUUUAUGUGCAAAAUGGUACAAGUACCAAAAUGCUGUUCCAUUUGAAAGUGAAUUGGUGUCUAGGAAUGAUGCAGCUCUUAGAAAUGAUGAAAUAGAGGACACUCCAAAAUGAGGAACAAAGAAGAGAAAGCUCUUAGUUGUAAGAUUUUUUACUACGAACAUUCACAACCAUUUGUUUAGUUUUGUAACCCUACGUAACCAUAUAAAUGUAGGUGAAAAAAUUUCGAUGCAA